AUGCAGAUCCUCGUGCCGCAGGCAAGCUCUGAGUGCAGUUGUGCGCUGGAAGACUGUGAGUCAUGUCAUGGACGGAAAGUGAUUGGCCUGUUGCUGGGUCAACUUCAGGCUGUGCAGGCGAGUCGGCAAGUGGCGACGACACAGCCGGACGGCUGGUCUUGGGCAGGUGAGAAGCUUGAAGCUUGGGAGCAGAGCCCGAAAGGGGAUGAGACCUUGAUCGGCCCUGACGGAGCUGUCUACGAUGUUUUCUAUCCCGGCAUUUCCUGUCCGGACGAGAAGGAAGAAACGUCGACCACUUGCAGCGACUCCGGAGGCAGCCCAGGCCCACUACCCCGAGCACGCUCCGCGGAGUCGAGCAUUGCAGGUGUCGUGGACUUCAUUCGAAGUGCGGCCGUGGCACGCUACCCUGCCAGAGAAAAGCUGUAUGACGUGGUGCACAGGGCUGCGCAAACAGCCCUGGGGAGCCAUUUCCAGAGGCUGGCGCUAAUUGGCAGCACAGCGCUACGAAUUGACACCCCUGACUCGGAUCUGGACGUUGUGGUCUAUACAGGUUACAAUACGAAGUCGAACAAGCAGCGAGUCGUGAAGACGCCGGGCGGUAAGGCUGUGUACCAGGCCGUCAAGAAGAAAGCCAAGGGCCCGCACUGCGGUGACUGUGGCAAGGCAUUGAUCGGCCUCCCACGUUUGCGCCCCAUCGAGUACUCCCGCCUGAAGAAGCGCGAGAAGCACGUCAGCAGAGCUUAUGGGGGAUCCCGCUGUGCGCACUGUGUCCGAGAACGCAUCGUGCGAGCCUUCCUGAUUGAGGAGCAGAAGUGCGUGAAGCAGGUCCUUGCAGAGAAGCUGUCCCAGGCAAAAGAGAAGGAAGGCAGCAGCUACUACGAAGAUGGCACUGAGAUCCCGGCACCGGACCCCAUCGAAGCUCUGCGCCAGGUGACGGAGGCACUAAGUAUGGAAGAUCCAGCUCUGAAACUGCAGCUCGUGGACUGCGCACGUGUGCCUGUCCUCACUGUGCUGUCGGCAGAUGGGCGCCUCUCCUUGGACCUUACCGUCGAUCAACCCCUUGGUGAAUGGCACGUGCUGUGGUUCAAGAGUCUGUGGCAGUGGGACCGCUACGCAUCGGAUGCUUCCGUCGAGAAGCUUCCGCCACCGCUUCAGGACAGCGAGCUCGACGGCUGGAGCAGCGGCCUGGAGGCAACGGCACUGCGGUGCAUCAAAUGGUGGUUACGUCGCCGAAACAUCCCCGUGCCGAAGGAAGGCGGUUAUCCCACUGUCGUCUGGACACUGAUGGUGCUGCAUGUACUUCGGUGCACCUUGUUUGUGAAUGAAGACUCCAAGCAGGAACGAUCUGGGCGCACGUUGCUGAGCGCGCUCGCUGCCUUCUUCGAUCGCUUUGCCACCCCUGGCGCCAGCUCAGGGACUUUGUCCUUCUGCAUGGGGCCUGAUGGCAUGAGCACAGCAUUUGAGCCGAUCCCAGCCUACGAGGAUACGUUUCAAUGCGCAUCAGACGAGGCUUACGGCGGCCUGUCCGUCCUCGACCCAACUACAACCUGUGAGACAUCCGUGGCUUUCGGGGUUGUGCCCAGCGAGCUGGCCCCACAGCUACCGGCAGCAACACGCUUGCUGCAGGCUUACGAGCUGCAGCGCGCCCAGCGCCUCUCCGCAACAGCCCUCGCUUCGUGCUGCGAAGAGGAGCUCUCUGCCCGCGAGCUCGGGGCCGAGGCGCUGGAGGAGCUUUUCAUGGAGACGGCUACACCAUGCAACACGAUGCCAGCAGCUGCUCCUUCUCAGCCAGUUUCUGUAAUUGUACUGUGUGAUGGCGAGCUGGCAGUUGGCAUCCUACAGAAGGUGGUCCCCAAGCCUGGCUGGACGGCGCCGUUCUUGCAUCGGCGAGAUGGCGUCAGCUCUUUUGCCCUGCAGCUUUGCGAGGUCCGAGAAAGCGAUGGUCUCUUGACCCCCUGGGACUCGACAGCCAAAGAGCAUUGGUUCUAUGCUUGUGACUUUGUUUGCUUGGCUGCCUUGCAGCCCGUGUUCACCCGAGGGCAAUGCCGUGGCAAGCACUUGCGCAGAGAGCGAAACCGAUGGAAGGUGGAUCCAGAAGGCCUGGAGAGAUGGCAGAAGAUGCAGGCCCUGCUUUCACAGGUGGGCUUGCAUCACUGA